UGUUGUUCCGCCAGCGGAUCACAGGUCGUCAGAAGGGUAGACAUUUUGUUAGCUUUUAGCAAAAUAAACUGUGGAGGGCAGUCUUGGGGCAGCUUGGUUGUCACCAGAGCAGCUUUUAGUGGCCGGACAGAUACAGGCUGCAGUCAUGUGGUAUGAAAUCCUGCCCAGCUUCGGCGUUAUGACCGUGUGUCUGAUGAUUCCCGGCAUCGCCACCACGUACAUCCACAGGUUCACCAACGGAGGGAAGGAGAAGAGGACCGCUCGGACUCCGUGGCAGUGGUCUCUGAUGGAGAGAGACAGGCGGGUGUCCGGGACAGGGAGGCACUUUGACACCAAGGGACUCGAGAACAUCCACUGAUGACAAGGAGUAUGAGGACCCUGAUGAGAAGAAACUUAUUUGCUGUUCAUCAAAAUAUUUUAUUUAACCUUCAGCUGUUUGUUUUUCCAGUCUUGUAAGACGGCUGUCUCUCUCUUGUUAAUUAAACCGCUCCAUACUGGAAACCUU